UUUUUUUUCUAUUAUGUAUUGGAUGAAAGUUUUAUUUGGAAAAAAAUAAAAUCAUCGUAUAGAUGGAAACUAGUGUAUGUGAAGCAAAGUGACUAGCCAUAUGAAAUAUCUUCAAGGCAAUGCUUUUGUGGAAGUAUUCAAUACGAUUAUAUGGGUCUUAUAUAAUCCCAAUAGAAAUAGCCGUCAUCUAGGCUACCCUUCAAUAUGUCCUAAAAGAAUAUAUCAAGUAUUUCGUUCGUCGCUCCUGAGAGUCAGUACUCUUUAUAUCUUGUCUUGUUCAAUGCUGCAGAUGGCAAUACCAAUACCACAAGUAAAGGACACCAUUCCACAAUGUCUUCAAUUACUUGGCACCUGACACAAUUGUUGAUACCUAAGAGAUACAAUCUUCCAUAAGGGAUUAUGGCAAAAUCUAGAGCACCACCAAGAGUGACCAAACCAAUGUACUAAAAAAUUU